ACUCAACAUCACAAUGGCCGAAGCAACGAUGUGUUUACUCUGCAUGUGUGAGUAUCCAUCGUCGUUUGGGGAGCUCAUUGGUGUACACUCCGCGAGAGGAAGCGAGCUGGAGGUAGCCAGGAUAAUAGGCAAACACUUUCCACUGAAAGUGACGGAAAACAGUCCGGACCGGGUGUGCGGACGCUGCUGGAAAACAGUUUCUGAAUUUCACGCGCUACAUGAGUUUGUUAGCCAAGCACAGAGCUCUCUGCAGGAAACAAAGGUCCUGUUGAUGGAGGAUGAUCCGCUCACGCAAUGCCACUUAAUCGAGACCCCCAAAUUAGGGUGCGUGGAUGAUGUCAGAGCACAGGACCAACCAGAACUCGGCUGCGGGAGAAAUUUCUUCUAUCCCGAGGUGAAAAUAGAGGAGCAUGAGCUGGACCACUUACCUAGGAUUGAGAUCCUUGAAUCCACAGCAAACACACACCCUGUCCAAGAGGAGUCUACCACUCCGGCAGCGCGGCGCUUGAGAAAGCGCGUAAAAGCUGAGGAUGGAGCAUGCAUUGAUAACGAAGAGGCGGCGGUCGAGCCGGCGGCAGCAGAGACAAAAAAAAGACGAGGCCGUCCACGCAAAGUGGACACUCCCAUUGAAUCCGCUGCCAAGACUGAAGAGGAUGUAUCACUGAUUCUUAAAUCAGAAGAGGAGGAAAACGAGUUUAUCGACGAAGAUCCAGAUUUCUGCUGCAACAUCGACGAUGGCCUUGCGACAAGCGAUCACAGUUUCGAUGACAACUCGGGAGGGAGUGAUGAAGACACCGACUCAGACUUUGAGUUAGACAAUAAAGAUAAGCUGGAGUUUGCUGUUGUACCCAAGAGAACUGUGGUGCGGCCCAAGAAGUACAAAAAGAGAACGAAGCCGUCUGAGCCGAAGGUGCGCAUGUCCCGAGAACUACUGGAACAACGCAAGAAGCAGCAGGAGGAGUACGACACCAUCAUUGGCAAGUUCUUCAACAGCGUGCUGGCAUGUCCGAUCUGCAAUCUGUCGGUUCAAAACUUUACGGACAUGCAGCGACAUCAUCGUCUCACCCACCAGGUUGAUCCUGGCUACGUGAUGUGCUGCGGCCGCAAAUUCAGCCAACGAAAAGUACUUGCGGAACAUGUACAGGUCCACUGGAACCCAGAGCACUUCAAGUGCGCCAUCUGCGAGAAAACAUUCCAGAACUCAAGGCACCUGGAGUCACAUAACCAGGUCCACAUGGAUCCGGCCGUCAAGCUAACCUUUAACUGCGACCUGUGCUCGAAAGUCUUUCUCAGCAAGACAGCCAUAGACUAUCACAAGUUAAACAAGCAUGUCCCUAAGUCCGAAUUCAAAUUUACAUGCAGCGUUUGCAACAAGAAAUUCCUUACCGAGCGAAAGCUUAAGAACCAUAUGAGUUCUAUGCAUGAUCCCGAGAGCACCAUCAUCUGCGACAAGUGCGGCAAGCAGAUGCGCACAAAAAUCAUCCUCAAGAAGCACCAGGAGCUAAUGCACUCGGACAAGCCGCGGCCCGAGCCGGAGCUGAAGCAAUGUCAGAUCUGCGGGGCCUGGCUCAAGGGCAUGACUGGCCUGAAGCAACAUAUGAAGAGCAUUCAUGUGGAGAGCGCUGGUGAGCACCGGUGCCACAUCUGUUCCAAACUCUCGCCUAAUGCUCGAGCGCUUCGUCGUCACGUCUAUCACAAUCACGAGUGCGAACGCAAAUUCAAGUGCACCAUGUGCGAGAAGGCAUUUAAGCGUCCGCAAGAACUGAAGGAACACACGUCCACGCACACCGGCGAAGUACUCUAUACCUGUCCGAACUGUCCAAUGACAUUCUUCUGCAGCGCCAACAUGUACAAGCAUCGCCAGCGGCUGCACCGUGCCCAGUACGAGGCGGACAAAAACCAGCCGAAGCCGCCGAAUAUUCUCAAAAUAUCGCGAAAUGCCUCCUCGCAGAGCAAAACCAAACAGGAAAUUUGAGCAUUCAUCAUGAAGGAAAUUAAUGUAUAAAGGACACUUUCUUAGAGCAGCCGAAUGGGGAAACACUGCUGACGCGCUAUGCCCCUCAAGACACGGGAUGAUGUGCACAGAUCCCACGGGUUCUUGAGAAACGGAACCCAACCCGACAGCCAGCCGUCUAAGCUAACACCUAAACUAAGCUAAAAGGAAUGUAUCGCGGGGAAUAAUAAACAGAGCAAACUGUGGGCUCUGUACUCCGAUGCAAUCAAUUGAUAACGAAACAAAGUUGGGAAUGUCUUUCUUUCUUUAUAAUUAUUUACAAGGAUGUCUUAAUUGCACCUUAUAUAACGCAAUGACAAUUACAUAGUUUCUGUUUUGUAUACACAUAUUAGGCAUAGUUUUAAAAUAUUUAUAUUUAUAUACUGUAUCUCUCUCACGAUUUGCUUAAAUUGGUGCACACAACUUGCGGCCCGACAAUAGGAAAAACUGAAAAAAAAAAAA